AUCUGGACGACGCUUGGUCUGCGCCGUCAAUUUCUUCGUCAACCAUGUCUGCACUACGGGCAGGCCAGUUAGUCUCGAGCAGACUUGUUCGUUCUCGGGCAGGCUUGGCCAGUCUGCGAUACGCCGCUCGCUCUACUCCAGUCCGGAGACUGCCAGCGUUCCGACAGCCUCGAUUGUAUACUACGACAGCCUCGUCGCGGUCCCCUGAAGUUUUCCACUCGCAGGCCGAGGAUCCCGUCUCUGCAGCAUUUCUCGACUCCUUAAACACCGUCCCCAAGGUCCCGCAGACUCUGACCGAAAAGAUUGUCCAGCGGUAUUCUCUCGGAUUGCCGGCGGAUAAGUAUGUCAAGGCUGGCGACUACGUUACUCUGGCGCCGCAUCACUGCAUGACUCAUGACAACUCAUGGCCCGUCGCACUCAAAUUCAUGUCGAUUGGCGCUUCGAAGAUUCAUGACUCAAAUCAAAUUGUGAUGACCCUUGAUCACGAUGUUCAGAACAAGAGCGAGACCAACCUGAAAAAGUACCGCCAAAUCGAGGAGUUUGCGAAGAACCAUGGCGUUGAUUUCUACCCCGCCGGUCGUGGCAUCGGUCAUCAGAUUAUGGUUGAGGAAGGCUACGCUUGGCCGGGAACCCUGGUGGUUGCCUCGGACAGUCACACAAACAUGUAUGGCGGUGUCGGAUGUUUGGGUACACCUGUCGUGCGUACCGAUGCUGCUAGUAUCUGGGCUACUGGGCGCACCUGGUGGCAGAUUCCCCCGAUUGCAAAGGUCACAUUUACUGGUGUCUUGCCCAAGGGCGUGACUGGAAAGGAUAUUAUUGUCGCUCUUUGCGGGCUGUUCAAUAACGAUGAUGUCCUUAACCAUGCCAUUGAGUUCACUGGCUCUGACGAGACGCUCAAGAGUCUGCCGAUUGACGACCGUCUGACCAUUGCGAAUAUGACAACCGAGUGGGGCGCUCUCUCCGGUCUCUUCCCCAUCGAUUCGGUCUUACAGGGCUGGCUCCGUUACAAGGCAACUGAUGCGGCACUGUUUGGCGCCGCUGACAAAGCUGAAAGCUCGCGCAACGUCCGCUUCACGCAUGCCCGCCUGGACGAACUCUUCUCCAACCAGCUCGUGGCCGACAAGGGCGCCAAAUAUGCCAAGGAACUGUUCCUCGAUUUGUCCACGCUCGCUCCCUACGUCUCCGGCCCGAACUCGGUCAAGGUUGCCAACCCUCUACACGCGUUGGAGGCAGAGAAUAUCAAGGUCGACAAGGCCUACCUGGUCUCAUGCACAAACUCCCGAGCAUCGGAUCUCGCAGCUGCUGCAAAGGUCUUCAAGGAUGCUGCCAAGGAGAAUGGUGGAACCAUCCCGAAGAUCCCUGACCACGUCAAUUUCUACAUUGCCGCUGCCUCCAAACCCGAGCAGCUCAUCGCCGAAGAGCAGGGCGACUGGCAAGCUAUGCUCGAAGCUGGCGCCAAGCCCCUCCCCGCCGGCUGCGGUCCCUGCAUUGGUCUUGGUACUGGUCUGCUCGAGCCUGGCGAGGUUGGAAUCAGUGCAAGCAACCGCAACUUCAAGGGCCGUAUGGGUUCGAAAGAUGCCAAGGCCUAUCUCGCCAGUCCCGAGGUCGUCGCUGCCAGUGCUCUGGCCGGCAAGAUUCAGGGACCCGGCUGGUACGAGAAGCCCGAAGGUGUGGACGAGAUCGUCCGCGGCGAGGGUGAUGGUAUUCGCGAGGAAGAACGCAUGAUCAGCAUCGAAGACGCCCUCGCUAAGGUUAUCGGCGAGGUCGACGAAAUGGUUGAGACUGCUGAAAGGGAAGGCUUCGGCGAUGCGCCUGCAGCUGAGGCGACCAGCACCAAGAAGAAGACUGAGAUCCUCCCCGGUUUCCCCGCCCGCAUUGAGGGUGAAAUUGUCUUCUGCGAUGCCGACAACAUCAACACCGAUGGUAUUUAUCCCGGAAAGUACACUUAUCAGGACGACGUCUCCGUUGAGACGAUGGCCAAGGUCGUCAUGGAAAACUACGACACUGCCUUUGCCUCCAUUGCCAAGCCCGGCGAUAUUCUCGUGACCGGCUUCAACUUCGGCUGCGGUAGCUCUCGUGAGCAGGCCGCCACUGCUAUCCUGGCCAAGCAGAUCCCGCUUGUUGUUUCUGGCAGCUUCGGCAACAUCUUCUCCCGUAACAGUAUCAACAACGCUCUCAUGGGCGUCGAGGUCCCUCGCCUCGUUCAACGUCUUCGUGACACCUUCUCGUCUCCGACUUCCUCUUCCAGCGCUCCCGUCAAUGAGCCGGAGAAGAACCGUCAGUCGCUUGAUAGCCCUCCCCCUGCUCCCCAACAAGUCCCUGCUGGCGAGAAGGUCCUCACCCGGCGCACUGGCUGGAAGUUCGUGUGGGAUGUCAGCCAGAGCCAAGUUGAGGUCCAAGAAGGCGAAGGUGGCGCCAAGUGGACGCAGCCUGUCGGUGAGCUGCCCCCGAACGUGCAAGAGAUUAUCGCCCGCGGCGGUCUCGAGAAAUGGGUGAAGAAGGAAAUCUCAACCCCUUGAAUGGUUUUCGAUAUCGUUCGAAGUUUAUAAAAGUCCUACAUUGCUUUGAAUAUUUGGGUGUUAGAGGAUUUUUCAGGAGUAUAUACACCUCAUAGUUUUCUUCUUUUGUAUUUUUAGAAAGUUUAGAUAUCAAAAUCAGCCUUUCCUCAUCCUUCAAUCUGAUGGCAUCAUUGCGAGAUAAUUUGAAGCCAUUUUUUUUUAUUUGGCCGUUCCUGGAGAUUUCUGCUUAUGACAUAAUUGGUAGAAAGUGGCAGGAGCUAAACCCUAACCU